AUGCCACUCCAACAACCCCGCAACAACAUCAGAUCGACUCCAAAUAUCCAUUGCGACAUCAGUAUGGACACCGCAGCAAAGCAGAAAAAUGUCGUCACCGCAGAAGAGUAUCAAGAAGCACGCAAGCACCUGCUCAACCAAGAAAAAGCAGCCACCCACCUCCUCCAAAAGCUAGCAGAAACCCGACGCGAUCUCCCCAUGGUGCGGAUCAACGACCCCACCAGAUUCAAAUUUGACACUCCGGCAGGCGAAAAGACACUCCUCGAUCUUUUCGACGAUCGCAAACAACUCAUUCUAUAUCAUUUCAUGCUUGGCCCACACGAAAAGACCGGCUGUGGAGGUUGUUCCUUUUGCAUGGACCAUAUCCCCGAUCUGGGCCAUUUGCAUAGUCGGGACACCUCGUUUGCGGCUGUUGCUACUGCGUCUAUCGAGGAGAUCAGUGCCUUUGGUAAGCGGAUGGGGUGGAAAUUCCCCUUCUAUAGCUCUGCCAAGACGCAUCAGGCUUGGGAGGAGGCUGAAAAGAAUGGGGAGAUUGUGACUUGGAAGCCUGGAAAUGGAUACUUUGGUCUGUGUUCCUUUUUGAGGGAUGGUGAUGAGGUUUUCCAUACUUAUGAAACUUCGUCGCGCGGGGUGGAGAUUAUUCUUUCGACUUAUCAUUUGCUUGAUAUGACGGCUAUGGGACGGCAGGAGCUGGGGAAUGGUAUGGGGAAGUUCCGGCUGCAUGAUGAGUAUUGA